GCCCGUGGUGGCUAAAGCUACGUGUCCUUGUCCCCCGUGGGCAGCCUCUGCGCGUACGGCCUCGAAUCCCCAGUUGGAAGGGCCUCACCCAGCCACCACCUCCUGGGAAAACCAGCCUGGAGCUAUGAAGACCAAAAACCGGCCCCCUCGGCGCCGAACACCCAUGCAGGACACAGAAGCCACCCCAGGAGAGCAGACACCUGACAGACCCCAGUCAGGCUCAGGGGGGUCAGAGCUGACAAAGGGUCUCCGGAGCAGGACAGCGCGUGCAAGCGGAGGUCGGGGAGAGGUCAGCCGCCGGCGACAGGGGUCUGGUGGCCGCAGGGAGAACAGUGUUCAGAGGCGGCUGGAGAGCAAUGAGCGAGAGAGGCAGCGGAUGCAUAAACUCAACAAUGCCUUCCAGGCACUGCGCGAGGUCAUCCCGCACGUGCGGGCUGACAAGAAGCUCUCCAAGAUCGAGACCCUCACGCUGGCCAAGAACUAUAUCAAGUCGCUGACCGCCACCAUACUUACUAUGUCCAGCAGCCGCCUCCCGGGGCUGGAGGCACCAGGUCCUGCGCCAGGCCCUAAAUUAUACCAGCACUACCAUCACCAGCAGCAGCAACAGCAGCAGCAGCAGCAGGUAGCUGGGGCCAUGCUUGGUGUCACUGAGGACCAGCCCCAAGGCCACCUGCAACGCUACUCUACACAGAUCCACAGCUUCAGAGAGGGGAGCUAGCACGCGCUUCGGGCUCCGGGGCAGGUUGGCAGUGAGGAGCCUGCCUGCUCUUCUCAGCUGUUGUCCCUCUGUGCUGCAAGCUCCAGACUGGUAAUGACACUAGUGAGGUCCCUGAGGGGGUUUUGUUGUUGACAUAAGCCCUCUCAUGGCCCAAGCUGGCCUUGAACUCCUGAUCCUCCUCACCUCCAUCUUCUCUAGGGCUGGGAUUACAGGCAUACAUCAUGACAUGGUGCCACGCUGGGGACUGAGCUAAGGGCUGUGUGUGUGCGCACUAAGCAAGCUCUCUAGCAACCGAGCUGCAUCCCCAGCCCAAAGUUGACUCGCAGUAAAUCCAUUUUCCUUGAAACUCAGCUCAGACACCAGCAUGUGGCAGUUUUUCCUAGCCACCCAGGGGACAAGGGAGUGAUCUGGGCCUUCAACUCUCCAGGGAAAGCCUACCUGUCCUUGCUGCCCUUUGACCAAGGAUGCACAGGGGUGGGACAGUUCUUGCCUUCCUUAACAAUUGCAUGUGUGGUGGCUAAGGGACGACUCCAGGAAAAACUUGACUUACAAAUGUCCCUGCGACUGCUGAGCCUAAAUAUUGUGGGGCUAUGGGAAACUGGACCCAAAGUGCCACUCAAUCCCUCAGGGAAUAUACAGCAAAGCCAAGAUGGCGUCUUGUUUCCUCAUUUUAUAGGAUUCCCCUGGGCCCAACUCAACAACUGGAGUUAAAAAGGCCUAGCCAGGCCCAAUCCAUAGGACUUUAAACGAGAUCUAUCUCUCUCUCUCUCUCUCUCUCUCUCUCUCUCUCUCUCUCUCUCUCUCUCUCUCUCUCUCUCUCCUGGAAAAGCUGCAGUGGCCUAGGCUGUGGCUGACUACUACAACCUACCCCAAGGAUAUGAGGCCCUGUGUAGAGACAAGGCAGGCCUUUAUGUAGAGGACCCUUGGGCCUCCGUACACGGAGAGACUUGCCCUGGGCCUCUUAUAGACUUCCCAUGGCGCCCCCUCUCCAUUACAGGGGUAUACCUCGUGCUUGGUAUCUCACAGUGUUCUUGGUUGGCCCCUGGGCUUAGCUCUUGGUACCUUUGGUGUUUUCUCUGAGGUGGAAGCUGGAGAGACCGGCAUGUCCCUCCCCCAACCUGCUCAUUAAUAAGGAGGGUGAGUGGUUGGCAGCCAGGCAGCCUCAAGCCCAGCUUCCGUCCUGGGGCGUUCCUGCCCCACUGGCUCUGCCGGGCUUCACUUCAGACUACUUUGCUGUCACUUGUCCUUGGCCUCUUCCUUCCUCCCUUGUCUCUCUGCCCAGAACUGACCUGGAGUUCCUUGAGGCCCAUACACCCCACACCCACCUUUAGAAUGACAGGAGUCUCUCUCUAUGUAGCUCAGGCUAUCCCUAAACUGAUUUUUUUGAACGUGUGCUUGGUCCAUCCUCCUGCCUCAGCCCCUCCCUCUGCCCCAAGUGCUCUGAACACAGGAUAGGGGGAGAACCCUGGUACCCGAAAGAACUAGAUAAUAGAUACACUAGGCCUGGGGGUGUUGGUCUCCUUAUCCUGGUGAGACUUGAUUUGUAUAGCUUUCCAGUCCUGGUCUGGUCCCUUCCUAGAUCGUCCGUAGGUCAGGUAGAGACUGGGGGGCCUGUGUGUCUGUUACUGGGGACGGCUACUGGGAAAGGUCAGGGAAUUUGCCAGUGUGAGCGGAGGCCAGGCAUGACUCCAAGCUGGAAAGACAAAGCCCAGAUAUCUACCUUGCUAUGGGGGACUUGCCCAGUGGAAAGCAAAGGCCUCUGCCGACAGACAGACCUACAAACCCCAUGGCUGGCUUCCGUAUGAGCCAAGGCCAGAGCGGGGCUCCUUUUGUCCAGCCAAACCUCUGCCCUAAUGCCCGGCUGCCCUAAUGCCCAGGGCUGUCCAGGGUCUCUGUUUGGCGGGACCUCAGCCUCCUGGCUCUUUGUCCCCCACAAGCUGCCUUUUGUAUACCCCUGCUUCCUAGGGGGUGACAUGGGCCUAGCUGUCCAGUUCUUUACUGGUGACAGGCAGGACCUACAUGUCCCUUGGCCACAUUACAAAGGAUCUUUAGAGACUCCGGUCCCGUUAGGAGUCUGGGAUAGCAGGAAGCCCUAUUGCUCUGUCUCCCUGUCCCAAGCCCAGGGUGCUCCUUCUUUUGGAACUGGAGCGUAGGGUGACCUCUAACUUACUCCGUGGGGAAGGAUGGUGAACUUCCGCCUCGAUCUCGUGUGCUGGGACUGAGGUAUGUACCUCCACACCCAGUUUAGACAGUGCUGGGAACUGAACCCGGGGCUUAGAGCAUCUUCAGCAAGCCUCUACCGACCAAUCUAUGUCCCCAGUGUGCUCUCUUCUGUCCUACUGGGUAAUGGGGCUGAGUUUAUUCAAGCCCCUGGGCAAGAGGGCUGGAGCUGCCCGGGACACCUAGGCUCUGGUGUGGGGACCAGGCAGAGCCUUUAUGAAGAGGACCCCUGAGCCUCUGUACAUGGAGAGACUUGCCCUGGGCCUCCAGAUCUCACCAACCUCACGUCAGCACAAGCAGAGAAACCUGACAUGUGACGCCUCAGGAAAAAGCCAUGAGAAACAGCAGGGCCUGCGCCUUGCCUGUCACCUCAGUGACAAUGUCCCUUAAGUGACCUGGACCCGCUAUUUUUCCCCUAGUUCCCUGAGUACUAGUAAAAUUGCCAUCUGUACCUGAAAAUGAAGACUUCACAGCCAUUGUACUCUGGUCCUAGGAAUGGGUGCCCAGAGACCUGUGCCUCUGUAACACAAAUGUCCAAUAAAAAUCUUGUCAGUCA